AAAAAAGAAACACCGGCCGUGUUCGUAAAACGUGGAUAAAACUUCAUCCGCGAAAAAGCGGCGUAUUUCGUUUUGCAUUGUUGUAUAGUGCAUAUUUUUAGGUGGAAAGGUGUAGGCUGUUUUUCUUCUAUUCUCCCGCCUAAUAAAUCGUGCUAUCAAAAUGGAUCGCUCGCUAACAGCCUCGCAGAUUCGGAGCAUUUUCCUGGAUUUCUUCAAGGAGAAGGAACAUCUGUACGUGCAUUCGUCGUCCGUGAUCCCGAUGGAUGAUCCGACGUUGCUGUUCGCCAAUGCGGGCAUGAACCAGUUCAAGCCCAUCUUCCUGGGUACCGUCGAUCCGAACAGUGAUAUGGCGAAAUGGGUACGCACUGCGAACACCCAGAAAUGCAUCCGUGCCGGCGGAAAGCACAACGAUCUAGAUGACGUUGGCAAGGACGUGUACCACCACACGUUCUUCGAGAUGUUGGGCAACUGGUCCUUCGGUGACUACUUCAAGAAGGAAAUUUGUACCUGGGCCUGGGAGCUGCUGACGGAUCGGUUGAAGCUGCCGAAGGAUCGUUUGUACGUCACCUAUUUCGGGGGUCACCCGGAGUCGGGCCUCGAGCCGGAUCUGGAGUGCCGAGAGAUCUGGCUGAAGCUGGGCGUGAAGGAGGAACACAUCUUGCCCGGUAGCAUGAAGGACAAUUUCUGGGAAAUGGGCGAAACGGGCCCAUGUGGACCGUGUUCGGAGUUGCACUUCGAUCGUAUUGGCGGCCGUAGUGUGCCCGAACUGGUCAACAUGGAUGAUCCGGACGUGCUGGAGAUCUGGAACCUGGUGUUUAUUCAGUACAACCGCGAACAAGACAGCACGCUGAAGUUGCUUCCGAAGAAACACAUCGACUGUGGUAUGGGUUUCGAGCGGUUGGUGUCGGUCAUCCAGGACAAACGGUCCAACUACGACACGGACGUGUUUGUGCCGCUGUUCGAGGCCAUCCAGAAGGGAACGGGCGCUCCGGGCUAUCAGGGACGCAUUGGCCCGGACGACAGCGACGGUGUGGACAUGGCAUACCGUGUGUUGGCUGAUCAUGCUCGCACGAUCUCGAUCGCACUGGCUGAUGGUGGCUUUCCUGAUAACACCGGACGUGGGUACGUGUUACGACGUAUCCUGCGCCGUGCCGUACGAUACGCGACGGAGAAACUGAACGCAAAGCCGGGAUUCUUCGCCACGCUCGUUGAUACGGUAGUGCAGCUGCUUGGGGACACCUUCCCGGAGGUACGCAAGGAUCCACAGCAUAUCAAGAAUGUGAUCAACGAAGAGGAGCAACAAUUCCUGAAGACACUUACUCGCGGUCGAAACUUGCUGAAUCGAACGAUUGCUAAGCUGGGAGACAGCAAGGUUAUCCCGGGAGAUGUGGCCUGGCGGUUGUACGACACUUACGGAUUCCCGAUCGAUCUAACGCAGCUGAUGGCGGAGGAAAAGCACAUGACGAUCGACAUGGAAGGGUACGAGAAGGCGAAGCACGAGUCGUACAUCAUUUCGCAGGGUAAGGAAAAGUCCAAGACGGCCACGAUCGAUCUGGACGUGCACGCUAUUUCUGACCUGCAGGAGCGCAAGGUUCCGACGACGGACGAUUCGUUCAAGUAUCGUUACAAGGCAGAAUCGAUCGAUCCGUUGGCGCAGUACCUGUUCGAGGCUUGCACCGGUCGAAUCGUGGCUCUGCGAUACAACAACGCGUUCGUCGAAGAGGUACAGGCUGGACAGGAGUGCGGCGUGAUAUUGGACCGCACCAACUUCUAUGCCGAGAGCGGUGGUCAGAUUUACGAUCAGGGCUACCUGGUGAAGGUGAACGAUGAGAGCAGCGAGUUCAACGUGUCGCUCGUUUACAACAGAGGCGGCUACAUCCUGCACAUCGGUGUGGUGGAAGGAAUGUUGCGCGUUGGAGAUGAAGUUCACUGCCACAUGGACACCGUGCGCCGUCAGCUGACGAUGAAGAACCAUUCGGCCACGCAUGCGCUGAAUCAUUCGCUGUUGAAGGUCCUGGGGCAGGAUACGGACCAGCGAGGUUCGCUUGUGGUGCCGGAGAAACUGCGAUUCGAUUUUACUAACAAAUCCGCCAUGACCAUCGAACAGGUGGCCGAAGCGGAGCGAAUGACACGUGAGGUCGUCAAGCGGAACGUGCAGGUGCACGCAAAGGAAGCCAACUUGGCCGUGGCUAAGAAAAUCCGGGGACUGCGCUCGGUCUUCGACGAGGUAUAUCCGGAUCCGGUGCGCGUAAUUUCGUUCGGCGUGCCGGUGGAACAACUGGAAGCGGAUCCGACAAGCGAUGCCGGUGUGAUUAACUCCGUGGAAUUCUGCGGUGGAACGCAUCUCCACCAAUCGGGACAUAUGGUGGACUUUGUCAUCACGACUGAGGAAGCCAUCGCGAAGGGCAUUCGGCGCAUUGUCGCCCUGACGGGUCCGGAAGCACUGAAAGCGUUGAAAAAGACGGAACUGUUGGAGAAGGAACUGGUGCAGCUGAAGGGCACAAUCGAGGCGGACCAAACCGGCAAGGAUUCGAAGGAGCACGUGAAGAAGAUCAUCGAGCUAACGGACGAUGUGUCGCAGGCGACCAUUCCGUACGUGAAGAAGGACGAGCUGCGCACGGUUCUGAAGGGUCUGAAGAAGACGCUCGACGAUAAGGAACGUGCGGCAAAGGCCGCUGUUGCCAGUGGCGUCGUUGAGAAGGCGAAGGAGCUGUCGCAGGCGCACCGGGAAGCUCCCUUCAUGGUACAGCGUUUGGAGGCGCUAAACAACACGAAAGCGCUCGAUUCGGCCCUGAAGGAGGUGCGUAAGAUCAACCCGGAGCAGUCGGCCCUGUUCGUGUCGGUGGACGAGGAAUCGAAGAAAAUCUUCUGCCUGGCCAGCGUACCGAAAUCGGCCGUCGAUAAGGGUCUCAAGGCAAACGAAUGGAUCUCGCACAUUGCGCCGGUGAUGGGUGGUAAGGGCGGCGGCAAGCCCGAGUCUGCCCAAGCUUCCGGAGGUAACUACGACAAGGCUGACGAGAUCCUGGAACUGGCCCGACUGUUCGCUGUUUCGAAGCUGGAGUAAGACCCCGGCAGCGAACAACCGUUGCGUAAAAACUCAAGUGCAUUUUUCGGCAGGCUUAGGCGCGAUCGCAUCCGUUUUUACUCUUUUUUUCUUUUACGUCAAGCUAUGCAACAA